AUGGGCGACGAAAGCACCAUACCCAUGACAACCGUGUCCAUAGCCGCCUCACCUGAGAGCGAUGCGCGGUCUGCAUCGGAUCACGGAAAUGAUUUGGUCCUGAAGAAAGUUCACAUCGCCAGGUGGCGACUUGUGACAAUUCUUGCCUGGUACAGCCUCCUUGGAUCCGAGUCAAACCAUCCGUGCAACAUCGUGUUAAUGCAGAAGCUAUACAGCAUCGGGAUGGGCUUGUUUCUCUCGCUCAUGGACACAACGAUCGUUGCCACCAUGCUACUGAGCAUCUCUGAAGAGUUUGGCGGUUUCAGGCUAUCUUCGUGGGUGGUCUUAUCCUAUACCUUAGCAUAUGUCGCAUGCGCUGUUCUCAUUGCGAGGUUGUCGGACGCCAUGGGUAGGAAGAGCGUGUUGUGCAUAUCAUUCACCAUCUUUCUGGCCGCGUCAAUGGCCUGCGGAGCAUCUCAGAAUCUUGACCAAUUGAUCGGGUUCCGGGCUGCUCAAGGUGUCGGUGGCGCAGGCCUUUACUCCAUGACAAUGAUUAUCUACCCCGAGAUAUGCCCUCCAGCUAUGGUUCCGUUGAUAUCUUCGAUCUUGGGCAUCAUUGUUGCUCUGGCUGGCGUGAGUGGGCCUGUGAUCGGUGGUCUCCUGACAACUUAUCGGGACUGGCGAUAUGUCUUCUGGAUCAAUGGACCUUGCGCAUUCGUGCCAGGUAUCGUCCUGUUCUUUGUCUGGCCCAGUAACUUCCAGUCAUACACGAAAGUGCGAUUCCGGCAUCUGGACUACCUAGGAACACUUUUCAUUCUCGUCGGGACAGUUCUUCUCGUGUUCAUCAUCAACCAAGGUGCCGUCCGGGAAUAUGCUUGGUCCAGUGCGCCGACGAUCGCUGUGUUUGUCCUAUCUGGCCUAUCCUGGAUUGGACUGGUAUUUUGGCAGUGGGAGAUGUCGCGACGCACGAAGCUACGACAUAUCCGACCGCAAUUUCCGUUCCGAAUCUUGUCUAACAGGGUGAUGAUGGCAACGAUUAUUUGCACGAUUCUGAACGGCUUCGUCAUGUUCCUGGUCAUCAUCAACAUUCCAAUGCGAGCACAAAUUGUGCAUAUCUACGAUGCAAUAAAGUCCGGAGUUUUGCUUCUCCCGCUGAUGGGAAGUACAGCCGUGGGAUCAAUGUUAGGUGGCGCUCUGUCCUCGAAGAAGAACCGUACCUUCUGGACCCUCAAUGCCGCUAGCAGUUUCAUGCUGAUCGGAACUGGGCUUUUGUCCACGUUACCCACGUCGGUUUUACCAACCAAGAGCCAAUACGGAUAUCAAGUUCUGCUAGGCCUUGGCCUGGGCUUGAAUCUAUCUACCAGUACAUUCAUGACGUCGCUCAACGUUGAGUUCGAGGAUCAUGCCGUUGCCCAGGGGAUCGUAGCUCAAAUGCGAGUUUUCGGCGGCAGUAUCGGUGUUGCCGCUGGAUUCAUCGUUCUGAAUUCCCUGAUCCAACAAAAGCUCACAGGUGUGCUCUCGCCGCAGCAGCUUGAUGACUUUUACAGGACACCGAUAGUAAUCACGUCUUUCAAUAUUCUCCAGCAGCUGGAGGUGAGGCGGACGUACAUCCAAGCAUUCACGGUCAACAUGCAGAAACCCACCCUCAAUCAAAAAGCGCCUGGACGAUCUGGAGGCGGUGUAUGCGAGGAGCGCUGCGAUUUCCGCGCCAGCUAG